GGACGGGUAGGAGCGCUUCGGAGUAGCUUCGCGGAAGGGCGGGAGCUCGGUUUGUUGAGGUGGCGGGUCGGUUGGGAGCGUGGUUCGGCGCGAGGCAUGGCGGAGGCGGCUCUGCCAAACUCAGGUGUCUUAAAUCCAGAUGCAACUGAUUUUGUUCCAAGAGAAAGACAGAUUUUCAAUUCAAGUUGGAGCAAUCAGUCCAGGCUGGAAUUUGAUAGUGAUUCAAGCAGAAAUUCUUUACCUUCUUCUGUUCAACCUAGGCAUAGCAAAUGUGUAGAUUCAGUUACAGAUCAUAAUACUUUCUAUAGCCCAGAAAGCCAGCAUGGAUGUCAGUCAGAGUCUUCACGAUUUCACAGUAUUGGUAAAACGAAAAGCAAUAGCUUACAUAGUCAACGGUGGCAAAGAUCAAGGAAUGAUCGAACACAUGGGAAAAAUCAAAUGAAGCAAAUACCUGCAGGGAGCACAGAGGAUUCUCGGUGUUUAGACACUAGAUUAGGGCGUAGGAUGAAUCAUAGAGAAUACAGUGAUUUCUCUUCAGACAGUGAGAAAGAAGCUGCUACUGCAAAUAACAGAGGAGCAAAGCCGAAGAAGACAUAUUUGAUGCAUUCACGUGGAAGAGGAUUGAAAGAAAAAGAGAAACAUUCAUCUGAAAGGGAAAAAAGAAUAUCCACUAAGUGGAAAGAAAAGGCUUUUGAAAAUAUUCCAGCAGCAGAUUUGACCCAAUCCGAUUCAUCUGAAACAUCUGUUGGAAAAGCAGUAUCUGAUGGCUUUUCUGACAAUAGCAUUGCAAGAAGAAAAUAUCCUUUUGCAAACAGGCAUUUUAGGGAACCUGCAUGGAAUAAAGAAAUUGGCAAAAAACAAGAUACAUCCAGAAGUAAAAAUGCAAAACAUGUUAAGAAUGCAUCUCUUCCACAUCCUCCCAGAGAACGCACCAGUGAGAAGAGGAAAGAAUCUGUGCUACAAGAAAGAGGUCCAAACUUGGUGAGUGUGGCAGAGAAACAGCCGUUUUGUAAGGCAACUACACGUGAUGAGAGGAAACCACUUCUUCAAGAAGGAUAUAAAAACAGACGCUGGAAAAAGCAAAACGAAGCACCAAAGAGCAAAGAAACUCAUACAGGGUCUCUGAUAGAGCAGCUUACCUCAGAAAAAUAUGAAUGUAUGGUAUGUUGUGAGGUGAUCCGUGUGGUAGCCCCAGUUUGGAGCUGUCGGAAUUGCUAUCAUGUUUUCCACUUAAGCUGCAUUAAGAAGUGGGCAAGAUCUCCAGCAGCACAGAUUGAAGAUGGUAACAGUGGCUGGCGAUGCCCUGCGUGUCAAAAUGUUUCAUCACAAGUUCCUAGUAUUUAUACCUGUUUUUGUGGCCGGGUAAAAAAUCCUGAAUGGAAUAGAAAUGAAAUACCACAUAGUUGUGGAGAAUUGUGUAGAAAGAAAAGAUCAGCUCAAGAUUGUCCACAUUUAUGUAAUAUACUUUGUCAUCCAGGACCUUGCCCAUCCUGCCCUGCUUUUAUGACCAAAAAAUGUGAAUGUGGACGUACAAGCCAUUCAGUUCGCUGUGGGUAUUCUACUGCAAUUCAAUGUACUAAUAUAUGUGGGAAUGUUUUGAAUUGUGGUAAACAUAAUUGUACCCAGAUAUGCCAUUCUGGAAAAUGCCUGCCAUGUGAAUUGACUGUAAAACAAGUAUGUUACUGUGGGAGCACCUCUCGAGAAGUGUUAUGUGGAGCAAGUGAAGAUUGGUUUUCAUGCCUGAGAACUUGUGGGAAAAAAUUAUCCUGUGGAAUGCAUAAUUGUGAACAAGUAUGCCAUCCCCAGCCCUGUCAGCCCUGUCCACGGCUUCCACAAAUAGUGCACUGUUGUCCUUGUGGACAGACUUCUCUUAGUAAAUUACUAGAGUUGGGGUGUAUGGAACGUAAACUCUGCACAGAUCCUAUCCCAUCGUGUGGAAGAACAUGUGGAAAACCUUUACCUUGUAGUAGCUAUGAUGCUGUGCAUACAUGUGAAAAUCUUUGCCAUGAAGGCGAAUGUGGGCAGUGUUCUCGCACAUCAAAGGUCUACUGCAGAUGUGCCUUAAAAUUAAAGGAAGUUCCAUGUGCCUCUCUCAAAAAUCAAGUUAAAGUUCCUUUCUUAUGUGACAAAAGAUGCAACAAAAAAUUGUCGUGCGGACGACACAAAUGUAAUGAAACAUGCUGUGUGGAUAAAGAGCACAAGUGCUCUUUGAUUUGUGGACGUAAACUGAAUUGUGGUAUCCACAGAUGUGAGGAACCUUGUCACCGUGGCAAUUGUCAAAAGUGUUGGCAGACCAGUUUUGAGGAAUUAACUUGUUAUUGUGGUGGAUCAGUGAUUUAUCCCCCAGUACCUUGUGGUACUCGACCACCAGAAUGUAAAAAUUCGUGUACCAGGCCUCAUGAAUGUGAUCAUCCAGUAUAUCAUUCCUGUCAUAAUGAAGAGAAAUGUCCACCAUGUACAUACCUUGUUCAGAAAUGGUGUAUGGGAAGACAUGAACUAAGGAGCAAUAUUCCUUGUUACCUCACUGAUAUUUCUUGUGGUCUUUCCUGUGAUCGAAUGUUAAAAUGUGGAAUGCACAAAUGUAAAAGGAUCUGUCACAAGGGGGAGUGCCUCAUAGAUGAAGAGUGCAGACAGCCAUGCACUAUUCUUAGACUUCACUGUAAUCAUCCAUGUAUGUCUCCAUGCCAUCCAUCCUUACCUUGUCCUACAACUCCUUGCCGUUCGAAGGUUGAGCUUCAGUGUGAAUGUGGAAGGAAAAAAGAGUCUAUGAUUUGCUCAGAAGCAGCAAGUACUUAUCAAAGAAUAGCUGCAAUAUCGAUUGCCUCUAAGUUAACAGAUCCACAACUUGGAGAUUCAGUAGAGAUAAGUAGAUUGAUUACCAAAAAAGAAAUGAAGCAAACAAGGUUGCAGUGUGAUGAAGAAUGCUUGGCUCUUGAAAGAAACAGACGGUUUGCUGAGGCUCUUCACAUAGAUGACAAUUCUGAUCCAUUCAAUGUUCGUGUCUCUGCACCCAAGUACAGUGAUGUAUUAAAAGAAGAUGGAAGAAAAGAUUUAAAGUUUGUCAGUGAAGUUGAGAAAGAAAUGAAAGCUCUUAUAGAAGCAGUCAAUAAGAGCAAGCACACAAAGAAGAGUCAUUGUUUUCCACCCAUGAACCGAGAACACCGUCGAAUCAUCCAUGAACUUGCUCAGGUUUACGGCAUUGAGAGUGUGAGCUAUGAUAACGAACCAAAGCGCAAUGUUGUUAUCAGUGCGGUGAAGUAUGUUGUUCUGUUUUCUUGUUAUAAAUGGCAAAUUUACCAUCUUCCAAUAAAUGAUGUCAUUUUUAUGUUCUGUAUUUGAGCCAAUUUGAUUUUACAUUGAUAUUGUGCAAACAUUUUAAGCAUUCUUUGUGUGCCAGGAAUUUUAAUAUAUUUGUGUUUAGGAAAGAUGUAUUCCCAUGAUCACUUCUUCGUUGAAAAUGUCCUUGAUUAUUUAGUUUCUCUUUAUAUACAGGAACAUUGUAAUAAUUUGAUUAAAACAUAAUUUGAAACAAAAUAAUAAUCCAUGUAAAUGAGUUAAAUAAGCUCAUUUCCCUGGGUCUCUCUAGACCAAAGAUAUCAGGUUUUUUUUAAAGAAAAGCCUGUUUAUAUACCUCAACAUAUAUGAGGUUUGUCACUAAUAUUUCUAUAUAGCAUGAGUGUAUUUUUUUUAAUUCCUAGCGAAUUGAAUGAUUUAGUGAAAGCAUUAAUCUAACCUGAAAAUAUAUUUACUCCAGCAGGCUUUAUAAAAAUACUUAUCCCCAUACCAAUAAAAUUCCUGUUUUUCAAAAUAGGAGUUGCAAUAAUGCAGUAAGAAGAGUAGUCU